AUUCUUUGUCGUUUGAUUUAUGCUAGGAUUCUGGUUUUCCAUGUUUCAAAGGGGGCCCUAGAACGAUACAGAACUUGAGGAAAAGAUUUCAUCUUAGUUUAACGGAGGAGCAAUGUGUGUCCUUGGUGCUUUCUUUAAUUAGCAGUAGCUUGGAUGCAUGGAGGACUCGUCAGUAUGACUAUUACCAGAGAGUCCUAAAUGGGAUACUAUGAGGUCAAUCUUGAGAAUGUGUCUUUAGCUGAUUGUGAGACAUGAUGGAUGGAGGGGUUAUCAGCAUGUAUCAUGUUGCAAAUUUGCAGACUGUGGUUUUAUACUGAUAGCUAAAAGAUCAUGUGUUGGCUGUUGCCAUGCGGAUAAGAAAUGGUCAAUUGGCAUUCCAAGAUUCAAUUCAUUUGCACCUGGAUUCGGGUUGAUACUGUACAGAAUGAAUGCUAUAAAGGCGAACUGGAAAGGCAACAAGGCAAUGGUUGGGAUCGUUGUGAUUUUUCUAUACGUUCUGGCAUGGAGAUUUGGGUUUGUACAUUUACUAUAUUCCCUAUAUAUUGGGUUAAAAAAACAAUACUCACUUCAGCUAAAAGCUUCUUAAGCAGCAUAGGAAUACGCCAUGUGAUCUUGGGUCUAUAAUUCUUGUGGCACAUCCUUGAUCAGUCAAGCUUUUAAGGAACGCUUGAAGUAACAGAUGUGUAUGUAUAUUAUUAUUGUCACUUGUUCAUGUAGCUCAAUUUCUUGAACAAUGCUUUGUGCAAUUGAAAAUUACCCAUUUCAACAUGGGUGUGUAUUCUUGGUAGACAUGUAAACUGUUGUAAAGUUUGCAUUAAGAUAGGCCACAUUUAUUAUGAUACAUGGUGAUUUUUACCAUUAUUGUCCAAUACAAAGUGUGCUAUUACAUCAUAUGUAUCAGAGAUGGGUACAGAUCCUGUUAUAUUAUAUGUUGUUUAUGGUGGAAAGUGGACCACAGAUCACGAAGGGAAUUAUGUUUACAGUGGAUCCGGCAAGAAAUCAAAGGCCAAAAAUUGCAUUUCAAAUUAAACGGCUUGAAAAAAAUAUUCCACCCUUUUCCAUCGAUUCAAGUGAAACACUACAUGUAUUUCUUUUGGAAUUAAAGCAAAACUUUACAGCCUUCCAUGUUGAGAUGGUUCCAGUUGAACGUGAAGAAAAAGAACAAGAAGAGCAAAUACAUGAAGUCCAAGAAGAACUCUUGGGAUUGCAAUCAGCAAUUGACCCCUUCGUUCCCCUGAUUGAUUGCGUCCAUGAUGACUUCUUCAAUUGUAUGAUUGUUGCUGAUCAAGAAUCUGGGCGUGAUCAUGAAGGUAUUGUUUUUCAGAAAAAUGCAGGGAGGUGUGAUCAAAAUCCUCAAUUCGUUGAGUCUAAUGCCACUCCUGUGAAGAGCCCAGCAACUGCUCAAGUGGAUGAAGAUGAUUAUAUGGGUGGUGAUAAUGAUGAGUUAAAUGAGUACGAGUGCUUUAUUUGGAGGGAUGAUCCUUCUUUUGAUACGUCUUUUGGUAAUGAGGUAGACGCGACAUUGGAUGGUGGCUUUGAAGAUGGGUCGGAUUUGGCCAUCGGACUUGAGUUUGCUGACAAAAGAGAGUUGAAGAAGAAGAUGGCUGAUGUUUCCAUAUAAGGACAUUUUGAAACAAAGACUGUGAAGAGCGACAAGAAGAGGUACGACCUUGCUACAGUUAUCUUCUUAACUGGACUGCUACAUCCACUACGGUCUGAAUUUAAUUGUUAACACCAACAGUAAUCCUCGGGCAAGAUCCCAAGUUCAAAGAGCUACUGGUUUG